GAGGGGUUCGGCAGCGCCCGGGAGCUCUACGCCAAGAUCGGGGAGGCGUUCGGCAUCGACCCCGGCGAGAUCAUGUUUUGCACUUUGAACACUCAUAAAGUUGAUAUGGACAAGCUCUUAGGUGCACAAAUUGGCCUUGAAGAUUUCAUAUUUGCCCAUGUGAAAGGACAACGAAAAGAAGUGGAAGUUGUUAAAACUGAUGAUAUGCUAGGGCUUACCAUUACAGACAAUGGAACUGGCUGUGCAUUUAUAAAGCGGAUCAGAGAAGGCAGCCUUAUGGACCAAACCAAAACCAUCUGCGUGGGUGAUCACAUAGAGACUAUAAACGGACAAAAUGUGUCAGAUUGUCGGCAUUUUGAAGUUGCCAAAAUGCUAAAAGAUCUGAAGAAAGGUCAGAUGCUUAAGCUGGAGUUGAUAGAGCCUAUGAAAGCUUUUGAAAAGCUGGAACCAAGGUCCAAAGGUGGAAUUCUGUCUGUGGCUAAAAUCUCCAAAGGGAGAGAAACACUUCGACUGAGAACCAAGGGCCCUGCUACUGUGGAGGAAAUGCCAACUGAAAUUGAAGAAAAAGCAAUUAAUAAAGUGGAUGAGCUUCUUGAAACAUACAUGGGGAUAAGAGACACUGAAUUAGCUGCUACAAUUGUGGAAGCUGGAAGAGACAAGAAAAACCCAGAUGAAUUCGCAGUCGCGUUGGAUGAAACUCUUGGAGACUUUGCAUUUCCAGACGAGUUUGUCUUUGAUGUAUGGGGAGCAAUAGGUGAUGCUAAGCAAGGACGAUUGGAAUGA